GGCGCUAACCGUUCCGGGCGGUGUCACAGUGCAGCCAUGUCUGGCGCGAGGAGACCAGUCCAGCUCGUUCGGCUGCGCCCUCUGUGACGAGGCGGAGGAGAGGCAGCGGAGGGCAUCCAUGUCGGCGGCCAGGGAUUAGCGAGGGAGGCACCGAGCCCGGGAGGGGGGAGGGUAGCUGACCCCCUCUCCUCUGGGGCUCCGCCGAGCCGGCCGGCGGUGGGGACAUGGCUGACCAGAAUGCCCCCAACAGCCACCUGCGGCUAGAGUGGGUCUAUGGCUACCGGGGUCACCAGUGCCGCAACAACCUCUACUACACGGCGGCUAAGGAGAUCGUUUACUUCGUGGCGGGGGUCGGCGUGGUCUACAGCCCCCGGGAGCACCGGCAGAAAUUCUACCUGGGGCACCAGGACGACAUAAUCAGCCUUGCUUUGCAUCCUGAACAAGUGUUGGUGGCAACAGGUCAAGUUGGAAAAGAACCAUAUAUCUGUGUUUGGGACUCAUACACUGUGCAGACUAUAUCGAUACUGAAAGAUGUUCACACACAUGGUAUAGCUUGCUUGGCAUUUGACUUAGAUGGGCAGCGUUUGGUCUCAGUGGGUCUGGAUUCAAAAAAUACAAUAUGUGUGUGGGACUGGAGAAGAGGAAAAAUGUUAUCUAUGGCUCCUGGUCAUACAGACAGGAUAUUUGAUAUUUCUUGGGAUUUGUACCAACCAAACAAACUAGUCAGCUGUGGUGUAAAACAUAUUAAGUUCUGGAGCUUGUGUGGCAAUUCGUUGACACCAAAGCGUGGUGUUUUUGGCAAGACUGGUGAUCUCCAAACUAUACUUUGCCUCGCCUGUGCAAGAGAUGAAGUGACACAUUCUGGUGCACUUAAUGGAGAUAUAUAUGUAUGGAAAGGAAUUAAUCUCAUACGGACAAUACAAGGAGCACAUGCUGCAGGAAUUUUCAGCAUGAAUGCAUGUGAGGAGGGUUUUGCCACUGGUGGAAGGGAUGGCUGUGUUCGUCUGUGGGAUUUAAAUUUUAAACCAAUUACUGUGAUUGAUCUCAGGGAAACAGACCAGGGAUAUAAAGGUCUGUCUGUGAGAAGUGUUUGCUGGAGAGGAGACCAUAUUCUAGUUGGGACACAGGACAGUGAAAUUUUUGAGAUUGUUGUGCAUGAACGCAAUAAGCCUUUCCUGAUCAUGCAAGGGCACUGUGAAGGAGAGCUGUGGGCUCUGGCAGUCCAUCCUACAAAACCGUUGGCCAUGACUGGAAGUGAUGACCGAUCAGUCAGAAUUUGGAGCCUAAUAGACCAUGCAUUGAUUGCACGGUGCAAUAUGGAAGAACCAAUUCGCUGUGCAGCCGUUAGUACUGAUGGAAUCCAUCUUGCACUUGGAAUGAAGGAUGGCUCUUUCACUGUACUUCGAGUCAGGGAUAUGACAGAGGUUGUUCAUAUUAAAGACAGGAAAGAAGCCAUUCAUGAAUUAAAAUAUUCACCAGAUGGCACAUUCCUUGCGGCUGGCUCCAAUGACAGCUCUGUUGAUAUUUAUGGUGUUGUUCAGCGGUACAAAAAAGUUGGGGAAUGUGUUGGAUCUCUAAGUUUCAUCACUCAUAUGGACUGGUCUUCAGACAGUAAAUACUUACAGACCAAUGAUGGCAGUGGGAAAAGACUUUUUUACAAGAUGCCAAGUGGAAAAGAAGUAACAAAUAAAGAAGAAUUAAAAGGCAUCCAGUGGGCUUCAUGGACAUGUGUUUAUGGCCUUGAAGUUAAUGGAAUCUGGCCCAAAUAUUCAGAUAUCAAUGAUAUCAAUUCUGUAGAUGGAAAUUUUAAUGGUCAAGUUUUGGUUACAGCUGAUGACUAUGGAAUAGUAAAACUAUUCCGGUAUCCUUGUUUAAGAAAAGGAGCAAAGUUUAAAAAAUAUCUUGGGCAUUCAGCUCAUGUGACGAAUGUCAGAUGGUCACAUGAUCAUCAGUGGGUUGUUUCUAUUGGUGGAGCUGAUCAUUCUGUCUUCCAGUGGAAAUUCAUUCCUGAACGGAAGCUGAAGGAUGCUAUUCACAUAGCACCCCAAGAAAGUCUGGUUGAUUCUAACAGUGAUGAAUCGGAUUCAGAUCAAUCUGAUGUUCCAGAGCUAGACUCUGAAAUUGAACAAGAGACUCAGAUCACAUACCGUCGACAGGUUUACAAAGAAGAUCUACCUCAGCUUAAAGAGCAAUGCAAAGAAAAACGAAAAAGUGCAGCUUCUAAAAGAAGAGAGAGAGCUCCAGGGAACAGUAUAAGAUUACACUUUGUCCAUGGUUACAGAGGUUAUGAUUGUCGGAGUAAUCUAUUUUACACUCAGACUGGUGAAAUUGUAUACCAUGUUGCAGCAGUGGGCGUAGUAUACAAUCGGCAGCAGAACACACAGCGCUUUUAUCUAGGUCAUGAUGAUGACAUUCUUUGUCUUGCUAUUCAUCCCUUAAAGGACUACGUGGCAACAGGCCAGGUUGGUCGGGAUUCUUCAAUACACAUUUGGGAUACAGAGACAAUCAAACCACUGUCAGUAUUAAAGGGCUAUCACCAGUAUGGCGUUUGUGCUGUUGAUUUUUCAGCGGAUGGCAAACGCUUGGCUUCUGUUGGCAUAGAUGACAAUCAUACAGUUGUACUCUGGGACUGGAAAAAAGGAGAGAAGCUUUCAGCAGUAAGAGGAAGCAAAGAUAAGAUUUUUGUUGUUAAAAUUAAUCCUUAUAUGCCUGAUAAACUGAUAACAGCUGGAAUUAAACACAUGAAAUUCUGGCGUAGAGCAGGAGGAGGACUGAUUGGGAGAAAGGGCUGCAUAGGUGCAAUGGGAAGAACUGAUACAAUGAUGUGUGCAGUAUACGGCUGGACUGAAGAGAUGGCAUUUUCUGGAACUUCCACUGGGGAUGUGUGUAUCUGGAGAGAUUUGUUUCUCAUAAAAACUAUCAAAGCACAUGAUGGUCCAGUAUUUAGCAUGCAUGCAUUAGAAAAAGGAUUUGUAACUGGUGGAAAGGAUGGGGUAGUGGCUCUCUGGGAUGACACCUUUGAACGCUGUCUCAAAACCUAUGCCAUCAAACGAACUGCUUUGGCCCCUGGCUCUAAAGGUCUCCUCUUAGAAGACAACCCUUCUAUACGUGCCAUAUCGUUAGGACAUGGUCAUAUUUUAGUGGGCACAAAGAAUGGGGAAAUACUGGAAGUGGAUAAAAGUGGACCAAUAACUCUGCUGGUUCAGGGUCAUAUGGAAGGGGAAGUUUGGGGUCUAGCCACCCAUCCUCAUUUACCUAUUUGUGCCACUGUAAGUGAUGACAAAACCUUAAGAAUAUGGGAUCUAUCUCCUAGCCAUUGUAUGUUAGCUGUUCGCAAAUUGAAAAAGGGGGGCAGAUGUUGCUGCUUUUCUCCUGAUGGAAAGGCAUUGGCUGUAGGUCUCAAUGAUGGAAGUUUCUUGAUGGUGAAUGCAGAUACUCUGGAGGAUCUUGUCUCCUUCCACCACAGGAAGGAUGUUAUUUCAGAGAUUAGAUUUUCUCCUGGUUCUGGAAAAUACUUAGCGGUGGCAUCAUGUGACAGCUUUGUAGACAUCUACAAUGUAAUGAGCAGUAAGCGAGUAGGAAUCUGCAAGGGCGCCUCCAGUUACAUAACACACAUGGACUGGGACAUCAGAGGGAAGCUUUUACAAGUCAACACUGGUGCUAAAGAGCAGCUGUUCUUUGAAGCUCCUCGUGGGAAAAGACAGACAAUUCCCAGUUUGGAGGUUGAAAAGAUUGGCUGGGCAUCAUGGACAAGUGUUCUGGGCUCUUGCUGUGAAGGAAUCUGGCCAAUAAUUGGGGAAGUCACAGAUGUAACUGCUUCAUGCCUCACCAGUGAUAGUAAAGUCUUGGCCACAGGAGAUGAUUUUGGGUUUGUGAAACUUUUCCGAUUCCCUGCUAAAGGAAAGUUUGGAAAAUUUAAGAGGUAUGUGGCCCAUAGUACACAUGUAACAAAUGUUCGUUGGACUCAUGAAGACAGUUUGUUGGUCACUGUCGGUGGGGCAGACACCUCUCUAAUGCUGUGGACCUAUGAAAUGGAGGGACAUCGAGAGAGCAGGCAAUGUGAUAGUGAAGAAUCUGAUCUAGAUUCUGAGGAAGAUGGAGGUUAUGACAGUGACGUGACACGAGAGAAUGAAAUUAAUUACACCAUCAAAGCCUUAUCAACAAACAUUAGACCAAUGUUUGGAAUUAAGCCUCAUCUUCAACAAAAGGAGCCAUCACUAGAUGAAAGGCACGGGGUAGUAAGAGGUUCCAGGAUGGUAGCCAAGGUUACUACAACUAACAAAAUUGCUGUUCUCUAUUUCAGACCACCAGUUAGUAGGGCACUGCCACAGCCUGAAAAACUUCAGACAAAUAACGUUGGCAAAAAAAAGAGACCAAUAGAGGAUCUAGUAUUGGAGCUGGUAUUUGGGUACCGAGGCAAGGACUGCAGGAACAAUGUUCACUAUCUGAAUGAUGGUGCUGAUAUAAUUUAUCAUACUGCAUCUGUUGGGAUUCUGUAUAACGUGGCAACAGGCUCUCAAUCUUUUUACCAGGAACAUAAUGAUGAUAUUCUGUGCCUCACUGUAAAUCAGCACCCCAAGUUUACCAACCUUGUGGCAACUGGCCAAGUAGGAGACUCAGCAGAUAUGUCAGCUACAGCUCCUUCUAUCCAUGUGUGGGAUGCAAUGAACAAACAGACACUAUCUGUACUGCGAUGCUACCAUUCAAAGGGAGUUUGUUCAGUCAGUUUCAGUGCCACUGGCAAACUUCUCCUCUCUGUAGGGCUGGAUCCUGAACACACCAUUACCAUUUGGAAGUGGCAGGAAGGUGCCAAAAUUGCCAGCAGAACUGGUCAUAACCAACGUAUAUUUGUAGCAGAAUUCAGACCGGAUUCAGAUACCCAGUUUGUUUCAGUGGGAGUAAAACAUGUGAGGUUCUGGACCCUUGCUGGAAGAGCUCUUCUCAGUAAAAAAGGGCUACUAAGUUCAAUAGAAGAUGCCCGGAUGCAGACCAUGCUAUCUGUAGCUUUUGGAGCUAAUAACUUGACAUUUACAGGUACCAUCAGUGGAGAUGUUUGUGUUUGGAAAGAUCAUGUAUUGGUACGAAUUGUGGCCAAAGCUCACAAUGGGCCUGUGUUCACAAUGUACACUACACUAAGAGAUGGUCUAAUCGUAACAGGAGGCAAAGAAAGACCAUCAAAGGAAGGAGGGGCUGUUAAACUAUGGGAUCAGGAGCUGAAGCGAUGUCGUGCCUUCAGAUUGGAAACAGGACAGAUGACUGACUGUGUUCGUUCUGUGUGUAGAGGCAAAGGGAAAAUUCUUGUUGGGACAAGGAAUGCUGAAAUAAUUGAAGUUGGAGAGAAAAAUGCAGCAUGUAAUAUUCUAAUUAAUGGUCAUAUGGACGGACCUAUCUGGGGACUGGCUACACAUCCUUCAAGAGAUUUUUUCCUUUCUGCUGCAGAAGAUGGGACAGUGAGACUCUGGGACAUUGCUGAAAAGAAGAUGCUGAACAAAGUCAGUUUAGGACAUGCAGCUCGGACUGUUUCUUACAGCCCUGAGGGGGACAUGGUGGCUAUUGGCAUGAAAAAUGGAGAAUUUAUUAUCUUGCUGGUGACCUCUCUAAAAAUAUGGGGGAAAAAAAGGGACAGAAGUUCUGCUAUCCAAGACAUAAGGUUCAGUCCAGAUUCUCGUUACUUAGCAGUGGGUACUAGUGAGAAUGCAGUGGAUUUUUAUGACUUGACAUUGGGCCCCACGCUAAAUCGAGUUAGCUACUGCAAAGAUAUCCCAAGCUUUGUUAUCCAGAUGGACUUCUCUGCAGAUAGCCGUUUUCUCCAGGUCUCUACUGGGUCUUACAAAAGGCAGGUCUAUGAAGUGCCUUCGGGAAGACAGCUUAUGGACCAGGCAGUGAUUGACAGAAUAACAUGGGCCACUUGGACCAGUAUUCUAGGGGAUGAAGUAGUUGGAAUCUGGUCCAGGCAUGCUGAGAAAGCUGAUGUGAACUGUGCCUGUGUCUCUCACUCUGGAAUCAGCCUUGUAACAGGCGAUGACUUUGGCAUGGUCAAGCUGUUUGACUUUCCAUGUCCUGAAAAAUUUGCAAAACACAAGCGAUUUUUAGGUCACUCGGCCCAUUUGACUAAUAUUCGAUUUACAAGUGGGGAUAAAUACGUUGUCAGUGCUGGAGGGGAUGACUGUAGCUUAUUUAUCUGGAAAUGUGUGCAUAUGCUUCAUUAAGAGAGACAUGGAGCCUUUGCAAAGAGGAUACUGCAGAAAAUUA